CUGAUGCGAGUAUAUGAUGCGAGUAUGAUGUUCUUUUAUGUUUCCCUUUGUAAAGUGCUUUGAACUGCCAUGUUGCUGAAAUGUGAUUUACAAAUAAACUUGAUUGAUAUGAUGCAACUGACCGUUCACACAGACCAGUCGUAAUCAACAUUGACAGGGAUUUGAGUUUGGUCAGGGACUCCAAUACAAUUUUUUUUUUAAUUCCUUGACUGCCACCCUGGAUCAGAUCAGAGCAUGCCUUUUUAUAUCAGUACUGUUCACCCCAUGCUAAGACGCUGAUCAUAUUACAUAAUGCAACCUUGAGCCUUCCAAUAUCUUUGCCAGUGAUUGUAGAGAAUAAAGUUGUAGUCCAUCAUGUAUAGCUUCUAAAAUCUCAGUCUCCUUAACUGUUCGAUUUUCUUUUACUUGUUUGCAUCAGACGGAGGUUGUUAAAGGACCGUGUGGCAAUGUGGGGAUGACGUUCAGGCACAUACCCGCCUUGGAAGGUGAUGCAGUCUAUGUCAGCAUAGAAACGGUAACACCCAACUCUCCUGCAUCCCAGGCUGACCUACAGAAGGGCGAUCGCCUCAUUGCUAUUGGAGGAGUGAAAGUGACGUCUUCAGUUCAAGUGCCCAAACUGUUGAAACAGGCAGGAGACAGGGUGGUGGUGUUAUAUGAGAGACCAGUUCGCCAUCAGACUCCUCCUUUAGGAAACCUUGGGACUCUACAGGAGGGACUUGGUCAGCUAGAGGAAACCGGCUUCACUCCCCAGCCAACAAGUUAUGAGGAAGACCCAGCCCCCAUCUCCAAUCUUUCUGAUAUAUCUGACAACAAAGACAUGGACUCUGAGUUUGAGGAGUUGCUUGUGGACACCAAACUCAACCAGCCUAGUGGACCUACUAUAAGUAACACAAAUAUCAGUGAAACCAAGGAGGACUUCUUACUUGCUGUUAACCAAAGUCCUAAAAGAACAGUGGCCAACUUGGCUUCCAAGCCCCUUGGUACUAUAUCACCCAUACUGAACCGAAAGUUAAACCUUGUCGGUCUGCAGUCUCCGCUAAAGCCCCAGCCCAAAGAAUCGCCCAAACCCUCACCACAUAAAACCAGCAGUGAACCAGGUGAGAGUGUGCAUCGGCCCACUGUUCUUCCUCCACCUCCUCCUUCACGUCCCCCGGUGCCACCAAGACCACAGAUACGGUUGACGUCUGCAUCCUCAGAAACCAGUCUUCUGGAAGGUGUUGACUUGGUUACAAACACUGUCGUUACCACCACCAGUGCUUCUGAAAAAUCGUUAGACAAGAUUUCAGUUUGUGGAACCACUGAGGAUAAGAGUGGCACAGAGAAGACGAGCAUCAAGCAGUCUGAAGGAAAACAGAAUACAAAAGCAGCAGACGCCAGUGAUGAGAUUCUUAGUUCUUGCUCUGUUACCAGCAGCAAGGCAGAUCAAGCAAAGGACAAAGUUUCAGAAAUUUCCUUUGGCACAAGAGACAGUCUAGAUGACCACUCACUCUGGGAAUCCCCAGAAACUAUAUUUAGUAAACAUACAGCAUGCUGGUCCAAGGCCUCUGUGGUGUUUGAGGUGGAGACUCACCAUAAGUAUCUCAAUGUGGCCCUGUGGUGCAAAGAUCCCUUUAAGUUAGGCAGUUUGUUGUGCCUGGGUCAUGUCAGCCUCCCAUUGGAGCAUGUGGCACUGGAAUGUAUGGCUACAUCUUCUUCAGAGUACCAGAGCAUCUUUAGGUUGGGGCCCCCAGAGCCAAAAGCAAAUGUCAGCCGCACUGCACUACGCAAUCUCAGCACGCACAAGGGUUUCAAUGAAAAGCUAUGCUAUGGAGAUAUCACCUUAAACUUCUGUUACUUGGCCGAGGGUGAGUUAGAGUGUCCGGUGGGCUUGAUCGAACGGGAGCGUGAGGGAAGCCUCCACGAUGAGGAUUUGAGAGAGAAAGAACCCAAUCCCUCUGCGCCACGUGAUGAUUUGGCUUACAGCACUAUGCAGUCACAAGAAGUCCGUCACAACUUCCACGACACGCAGUUCCAGAACCCUACUUGGUGUGAAUACUGCAAAAAGAAAGUUUGGACGAAGGCAGCCUCGCAGUGUAUAAUUUGUUCCUACGUUUGCCAUAAGAAGUGCCAGGAUAAGUGCCUUGCUGAAAGUCCUCUCUGUGUGGCAACGGCUGAACGUCGUGGCGCUGAUCCUGAAGCCAAAUCCACCAUGAACCGGGCCACAGGGUUAACGCGUCACAUCAUCAAUACCAGUUCACGUCUGCUUAAUCUUCGCCAGGUACCCAAGACACGACUCGAGCAGGUGACCGAUGCGGUGCCUGGAGCUGUGGAACCGUCACCCAAGCAAACGCCCAACACAUCUGACAACGAGAGCAGUGACACUGAGACAUACACUAGUGGAGCAAGCCCAUCAAAGCAGCCAACUAGCGGCAGUGGCACCAGCAAACUUGUACGAAAGGAGGGCGGACUGGACGAUAGCGUCUUCAUCGCCGUAAAGGAGAUCGGCCGGGACCUGUACAGGGGCCUGCCCACAGACGAGCGCUCGCAGAAGCUGGAGCUGAUGCUGGACAAACUCCAACAAGAAAUUGACCAGGAGCUGGAGCACAAUAAUGCUCUUAUGAUGGAAGAGAAGGAGGCCACGGAUUCACGGCGAAAGGCCCUCAUCUGUACUGCUCUGGCCAAGUCAGGUGAGAGACUUCAGGCCCUCACUCUUCUGAUGAUCCACUACCGAGCAGGCAUAGAGGACCUGGAGUCUGUGGAGAGUAUGUCUCCUUCAGAGCAGCAAGGAUUCAAAAGCAAAGCGGAGAGUCUGGAGGAGGAAGUUCUUAUGGGACCAGAGGUGUAUGACAGCGACAUCUGCAGCCCUGUGGAGGUGCCGUUGAUGGAUGAGAUCAGUGAGGAGCAGAUCUGUGUGGAGGCACUCCACUAGUACCAAUUUGGAAAGAGAUGAAAACGUAACAUGUGGAUUGGGUUUGGGCUUUUCAGCAAGGCAAUGUCCCAUUUAUGAUUUUGAUACUGAGGAUUUUGUCCAGUCCGUCCUAAACACACGGGCGUUGAGGUAUUUUCACUCUCACCUUUUUAUUUUAUUUUUCUUUAAUGUUAAUGAAAUUACGGUUUUGAGAUUUCACUACUGAUGUUUUUAUUUUUGAUCCCAUUGCAAGACCUAGGUUGUCUUUUGUUUUCAUUGUCUGUGCUAAGUGUUUGUUUUUCAGGUUUGUUUGAUUUGUUUUGUUUUGUUUUACUGCAACCCUUGUAAUCUUACUUUGAUUGGAGGUCUUUGCAAAAUUUGCACAUUUCUUCAUUUUUUGAGGGUGGAGAACAGUAACGUUUAAUGAUUGUUCACUUUGAGAAUUUGCCUUGAGAAACAGGCCAAUCUGAAGUACGGAUGAGGAAUCGUCCAUUCGUCCACUAACCUAUGAUUGCAUUCAUCCUUCCUUCUUGUUUCGAUUAUAUUUUUCCCAAUAAAUGUGAGAAUUUUGGCAGCAGCUCAGCCUGCUGCAACAGUUCCUUUUAAUAUUUGUUACAAUGUAUUUAUGCACUGGUGGUACUUUUUUUUUUUUCUCCUUCUUUAAUUGCUUGUAACUAAGUUUAUUUUGAGUAAUUAGUGGUACAAGAUGGAAUUGUCCUGGCUGCUGAUUUUAAUCUAUUCCUCUGCUCAUUAUUAUUUAUUGGACUUCCAACAUCUUGUUUUGUGCAGAAUACUUCUCCAUCCUGGACUUCACUAUGACUCUUUUACUUUAUUAUACAAACCAUUAUGGAUGCAACAUCAGAAAUCCUUAACAGUUCACCUCAUUUCUCUGAAUAAAUGCUACACCCGAACGCAUGUAGAUGUUAAUUCAAGCUGUUUGCUUUCAUUUAUGUAAGCGAAACUAACUUCAUGUGGAUUACACUCUUUUUGCUUUAGGAUUCUAGCCCAGAUGAAUGUAUAUUUGUUUAGUGGGUAAUGUGUGCUUACAGCUUUGUUUCUCAACCUUCUUUAUAAAACUAAAAUCCGCGGUGCAGCUCAUGGCAGCCAGCUACAUUUUUUUUCUCCCCCCCAAACUCAACAUGUUUUGCAUCCGAGAUCAGUUAGUGCGGCUGGAAAUGAGACGUUCACUAUGGGAAAGAAGUUUUCCUAUUUUUGUGCUACCAAUGCAGCUCUUGUUGGGUGACCAGUAGAAACUGCAGCUUCCCAUGCAGGUGUUACGACGCAUUCCCCUCUUGGAAUGAAACAAUCAUAGCAAGAUGCUGAGCUAGAGGAAAAAAUUGAAAAGAAAAAACAAAACAACUAAAACAGACAUUUGGGAACAGGCUACUGCGUUUUAACAUUCUAUGAAAAGUAGUUGAGGGAUUUUUUUUUGGGUGGGGGGGUGAAUUUUAAGGGAGGGUGAAAAUUUUUCCUUCUGUGUUGGUGGAAUUAGGUUGGUGUCUCUCUUUAUUGACCACGAACAAACUAAAUAUGUUCUUUUUUUUUUUUUUUUUUGCACAAUUAUUUGACCAAAGAUGGAGUGAUAUUUGCAGAGUGAUGUCCUGCCCAUGUUCACUUAGUCUUCUGCUGUGAGGCUGAAGACGAAACACACUUGCAGCACAAAGCUUCCUCUUUGUGUUGUUUCCAUAAAACGACUCACUUGCUUAGGAAGUUCGUAGAAAAUUAACAAUUAAAUGAGCAAGUGUUGCCCAAAAUGCAACAUUCAUGUCCAAGAGAGAAUUAAUAAGCCAGAGCCAUAAAAAGCAAAAUGAUUCUUUUUUCUUUUCUUUUUUUUUUUUUAAGAUUCCUGCUUACUGCUCCACCUCCAACUCCCUUUGCAGAAAUUUUUCAAAAGUGUAUUUGGUUUUUGUUGCAUUGAAACUGAUGAUCAGGAAUAAAUCCCAGAUUCUGUGAUCUGUUCUUUAAACUGUGGGGGGGGGGAGGAUUUUGUGAAGUGGUGAACUCCCGAAAGAGUAGUUGACUUUAAACUGUACAUCCCUCCGUUGGGCUGUGAAGCAAUGUUCUCGCUUCUGCUGCUUAUUCUGUCACAAAGAACGCUUCUGCCCUCAUCGUCCCUCAGUGGCCGAAUGACUGCCCACCACAGCUUUCAGCAGGUCAACAUGGUGUUUGUUCUUUUUUUUUUUUUGGUGUGUAUUUUAAGGGGUGUUAUAUAAAGUUUUGGAGAAAGACUUGUAAUGAAGCUUUAUUGUACAUAGCUUAAAUAAACAGGAAUAAUUGAAUUCCAA